AUGGACGAUAAUUCGGUGCCUGCGAGUAGGGAAAACGCGGGAAAUGAUAGCAAAAAUAACACAACCUCGGAUAAUGAUAACAGGGAUGCCUUUGAUAAGAACUCUGGAAUUUCUGACAUUGCAAGCAAACCUUUUCAAACUUCUCUCAACAUUGUAACCACCCCUUUGGACACUACUGCUAAAUCAUUACCGACCGGCAGUGAAGUCGUUGCCGCGUCACAUACGACCUCGGACGUAUUCAUCGAAACUUCUGCCUCUGUUAAUAAUGUACUCUCGGCCCCUGAAAUGUCACGUUAUCAGAUAAGCAACAGUGAACUUUUAGAAAAUACCAUUGCUCAGAGGUAUGACAAAAUCAUCGGGUGCACCAUUGUUCUACUGGAUGAACAUAUGUGGAAUUCAUUCACCUAUUGCAUGGAGAUCGUCAAUCGUGUUAAUAUGGACGACCAGUUGAAUAGCUCGACCACAUUACCUGAUUUCGUCUUCACUGUUCCAGUGCAAAAUCACAGAGGAGCAUACCCGGAUUCCGCGAGAACUGACAAUCGGUCGCGAGAAAAUCGCUUAUCCGCUCCUACUCCAUACAGGCCAGUGGAACACAAGGUCCCCGUUAAACCCCGUUCAAAUUCGCAUGUCAUACCUCCGUCUUCGAUGCACCGGUAUAAUUCCACAAUGACAGUAUCUAAAUCCGACGGUGAUUUCACCAUGCUUUCCAGAAUACUAAAUUGGCCAAAUCAACCAAAUCAAGGCAUCAAUAAACAAUUGUCAGAGAAAUUAAGUAGUUCAGGGACAAAUGAUAAUUUGGUGAACGACGGCGAGAUAAUAUUCGAUACCUUACCAUUUAGUCGAACCGGAGAUAGGAAACAAUUCGUUGGGAAAUAUACACUCCAAACACAUUCACGGUUUCCUAUUCCUCAAGGACGUUCCUUGGUAAAUGCUACGAUGCACCAGAACAUUUCACCAUUAACGUCCGAGUUUGGUCAAUACCCAGAGCUCAAGAAAGGGUACACAGAAAUACCACGUCCACCUCAAUUAUUACCUCUCCCAAAAAAUGGAGUUUUUACGAGACGAUGGGGAGGGCUAGCAAAUCAUUUGGUAAUGCUGGACUGA